UGUAAAUUGUUUGGUAAAUGUGGCCUAGGUAACACAAUUUACAAAAACAUACUGGUCAGAAGUAAAUAGAACCCACACUCUGGGUCACUAAUUUUAAUAAAUUAUCCUUAGGAAAGGACGUAUAAAUUAAAGUCGAACCAGCAUAAUAAUCAGGUUACUUAGUUUUAGUUUAGGACGCCGUAGGUCACAUCUUUUGACCUUUUCGAAUAAAGCUAGCUUUUCCAUUCGCGUAAAUACCGAAGGUAAAUAAAAGUUAUAUGCUCGAGAAAGUUUAUAGGCUGUCUGGUCUAGACGUCCCAACUGACAUCGUUUCGCUUGACACAACACAGAACACGUCGGUAACAAAACUUUGAAUUUGUAAUUGACGUUGAUCUUACGAAAUAAAGCAACGAAGACAUCCCUAUUUACAGUUUAAUGAAUAUGAAAUGAAAAUGUACAGUGAACGCCCGAGACAAGUAAAGAAACUCGAUGUUAGUUUACUAUUUAAGUUUUCCAAGAAUUAACUAAACUAAAUGCCUAUUCUUGUACGAAAUUUCUCUAAUAAAAUUAAAUAAGUAAUCCCUUUAUUUUGUAACAAUUAAAUUAAGUAAAUUAGAUAAGUUCAUUCCAAUACGUCAAAGUUCAUUCUAAGAAAAUUCAGAUACAUAUCUAAAAUCUAGUUACUAUCGCAACCUCGGUUAUUGACUGUACAGACGGUAGUUACUUAGUCUAAGACUUUAAGAGACCUAGGCAAUUACCUACUGCUCUCAAUUUCAAGGAAUAAAUUCUGCAAAUAAAUCGAAAGCUCAACAACCCAACUUAGUAAGACUUCAUUCUAAGGAUAUUAUGUUUAAACACCAUUGAAAGAAAGUCUAACAACACUACCUACAAUAAUAAUUAUUGCCUCUGUUUAUUUGAUUUCUCUGAAAUAUGUAAUAGAAAGAACUACCUUAUAAAUAGCCUAACAACCUAUGACCAGUUUUCUAAUAUUAAUUCUAGAGUUAAAAUUGAUCUUUUAAACCAGUCUCACCUUUUAAACACCAACGAAAAAUGGACGCUCUUUGUUCACCCCUUUUAUUUCUAAUUCGUAGGUAAAUACUUAGAUUAGAGAAAAGAAAAGGUAUUUUUCGUAUACUGAACCAACUUUUGAGUUGGGUUUGUGUACCUUUCUGGUUGCCAACGGCGUAUGCAAACAAUACGUACAUAAUGUUGUAGGUAGCUAUAGGCAGGUAGGAACUAAAAGUCGCUAGCUAACCGACUAUAAACAAACGUCAAAGUCUUAAAUAGAAAACAGUUACCUAACUUAAUGUUUCUGAUUGCAUGACAUCAAAGGAUUGUAUAAACUUCCUUCACCGUGACUUUUGAUUGUUAAAUUAGUAUUAAUAAUUCGUUUUUAUUGCUUGAUCGAUUUCAUUCAUCACCCAAGCAACAUUCUGCAUGAGGAAAUAAGAAGGGUCGGAAAUAUCUAGUAGUUUCAAAAGCUUGGUAGAACUAAGACAGUUUAGUCCUGUAGUUGUUAGGUUCCUUUACACUACAAAUAUUCAAUUAAGUACGUAGUUAUUGAAAAUGGAAGCUGCAGCACCAGCGCCGGUCAAUAUAGGCGGACGCCGCGAGCCUUCUACUGAUCCCGUUAAAGCUCAGGGAAUAUUGAACUCGGUGAUGAAAAAAUCAAAGUCUGCAGCGAAGCUCUGGCCGCAACGUUGGUAUUUUUAUAGCAAAAUUAGAGAAAUACAAGAAGAGGAAGCGCAGAAAGUAGGCAUGACCGUGGAAGAAUAUCGGGCGGCCCUGCAGUCACACAGCAGUCAACUUGAGCCUAAGCAGUAUCCUGUUACCGUGGAUCCGUCUCCUCACCCACUACCACCCACAUCAGCAGCCAUGAUAGGGCGUCGCGCGCAGUGUCCUCUGGAGCGCUUCGGUCGUCUAGUGAAAACCGACCGAGAUUAUCCUCUCCGCCCACCAUUAAGACCCGGACAAAUUUACGACCCUUACAAGCAGACAGUUGUAUUCUUAGGGAGUGUCGAUGGGGACCCGAUUUCGUACAAACUGCCGCCGUCACGUUGUGAGAUGACAGAUGAAAUGUGGGCGCGUCCGCAACAGCUGACCGUGUCGCCCCUCGGCUGGGACAACUUACAGAGAAUUAUGAAUGAGACUGAAUAAUUUAUUAUAACAAAACGACAACUUUACUUACGUAAACCAAGAAUCUUUUUGAAACUUUCUAUUUUUAUGCAAUUUAAGUAUAAGUUAAGUACCUAUUAAACGUCCCACCACGCCGCUGCAGUAUAACGAUCUCUCUUCUUUCGCACUUUUGUACACUAAUGUUCAAAUACCUAUAAUUACGAUAUAAAAAUAUUUCGCUCUAUUUCACUCCUUAAAAAGCUAAUUUCGUCUUACCAAUCUAUUAGCAGUGCGGUAAUAAGUUCCUAAAAGGCAUGGCAGAUGGCGCUAGGAUCAUUAGAGCUGAGAAAAUAAUAAAGAUCGAAUGAGACUGCAAUUGGAUUAUUUAGAACCCUUUUGAUAAAAUUAAAACACCCCUAAUAAUGCUAGCGCUAUAAAGCGAAAGAAAAGGUGGAAUUGAUAACUAUGAAGGAAUUUUCUUCUUACAAUCUUUGUGAACAAUUUUUAAAUAAACACAAAUAUAUAAAAGUA